AUGGACGCCGUCAAACAUCUCUUUAGACGAAAAAGGAAGCCUAAAGUUCCGUCAAAUGUGUCCAUUACUCAUAAUGAAGCACAAAGCUCCACGAGUAGCCUGGAAGAGACUUCGGUUCAUCCUGUUGCCGUGGAAGAAGUCAGCGCAGCUCGUUUAGAGACGCUAACCGGCGAAGGUGAUACGAAGGUGGUGUUAAACACGCUUGAACGGAUUAGGGACUGGCUGGAUCAGGGAAUGAACAUUACUUCUGAUGUUUCUGAAGCUGGCCCCAUCCCCGGAUCGCUGGGGUUGGCAUGCUCCAGUAUUCUAACUGGACUUGAAAUUGCAAAGGAGGCCCAGAUCAGCGAUCUCACUUGGAGGGAUAUGAUUGAGGAUAUAACAUCCCAUGCACGUCGAAUGGAGGAGGAUAUUACAAGAUACAGUAAAGAUUACCCCAAAAUGGCGGGUGACGAAGAUUUGGUUGCUGCAAUGGAAGAAUACAACAAGUCUAUCAAAGCCAUUCUCAUAGAAACGAAUCAAGUAUUGUCCCAAUACGCAGAAGGCAGCUUCGGCCCAGACAUGAAGAGAAUAUGCGUAGAAAAGGAAAAUAUCGAACGCCUUAGACGUUAUGAGAGGAUUUCCUAUCAGUCUUUUCAGAAUACUUUGAACAGUAUAUCACAGGUCAAGGCGAAACAUGCCAUAGAAGUUGUCGAAGCAGUUGACUCUGAAGUAGCACAGGCUCGUACCGAGAUGCUGCGCGCUCCUACCAAAGCCUGGGCUCAUGUAACGGACGGCUUUUCAUCUGCAGCUUUGCUGUCAGCAUACGGAACAGAUGUCGAAACUUGCGAGCCGGGAACGCGAGUCGAUGUACUCGCUCGGAUCCGACGCUGGGCCGAGGAUACAAGUUCUCCAAACCAGGUUUUCUGGCUCAAAGAUUCUGCAGGAACCGGAAAAUCAACGAUUGCGGCUACGAUGGCGAGAGAAUGGCAGAAUAACAGACGCCUUGCUGGACGGUUCUUCUUUAGUCCAAACGUGGCAACUAACCAACGAACGGUCUACUUUUGUCGCAUUGUCGCAAUCGAUAUCAUCACGAAUCUUCCUCGCUUGGAGCCUAUAAUCGAACCCAUCUUACUUUCCUCGCCAGAGAACUUGGCAUUCCCAACACAGUUCCGACGGUUAAUUACAGAGCCUCUAAAGCAAGCUGAGGCCUCUGAUGGUCAGGAAUGGGAGGCAUUCGGCACUAAUCUCGAGGAAACGGCCCCACUUUUACUCGUUUUCGACGCUCUCGAUAACUGCGUGCCAAAGGAUCAACGCAUCCUUCUAGCCACAUUGCUGGAAGAACUCCCUCGAGUGCCCCGCGUAAAGGUUCUCCUCACUAGUCGAGACUUUCAGUCCAUCAGCUCCUAUCUUCAAAACUCUUCAUUGGUGUGUGGACACGACGUCCAGCUUCUCGAUAUGAGCAACCCCCCUUUACAUGACAUCACUUUGUACGUCGACUCAAAACUCAGAGGUUUCAGUGAAGAGGAACGCAAGCGAGUCAUUACUCAGGCAAAUGGCCUUUUCGUAUGGGCAGCUACGUUCUGUCGUGCCGUCAGCAACAUUCGGAUGCGAGCGAGGCUGCUAGAGAAUAUGUCUCGCUCGGACGUUGCGGACACGCUUGACAAGCUCUACCUCAGCAUUCUUAAUCAGGCCCUCGUAGAUCCUAGUGCUAAGGGUGAGCUCCGAAAGGUUUUGCAAGUAAUCGUCUGCGCGUUUCAACCUAUUUCGUCGAAUACUGUCACCACGUUUCUCCCGAAAAUUCACCAAGUUGAUGACUUUGUUCAAGAUUUGACUGCAGUUCUCAAGGAUGGUCAUCCAGACCGACCAAUAAAGGUCUUACAUCCAACCUUUCGCGAGUUCAUCGCGUCGAACGAGGACCGUGCUAACGGAUUUCUCCUCCAAAUGGAGCCUUCGCAUACAGUGGUUGCACUCGCCUGCUUGGACGUGCUCGAGAGGACCCUUAGACAAGAUAUUUUCGGAGUUGUACAGCCGAAUUGCGUACUUCCGCGCAACGUGGACGUGGGUCAGGUCAGUGAUAUGGUGCAAAGCAAGACGUCUGCCGCUCUACGGUAUGCCAGCUCCUACUGGGCGUACCACAUUGCUGCAUCGGAAAACGCUUGGGAUGAUUGGGAAAGAGUCUCUACGUUUCUAAAUCAUCAUUUUCUGCAUUGGGUUGAGCUGAUGAGCUGGCGUGGAGAGCUCAACGAGAGUCUUCGAGCUUUGUCUCAGCUCGGCUCUCAGAUUAGAACACGUCCUAGAAUGGCGGGUACUGUGACAGAAAUCGUUUGUCGCCAUGCUAUCCAGUUCAUACUACGAUUUCAUGAUCUCGUAGCGGAUUCCGCGCUCCACACCUACACGAUUCCCCUUGCUAUCCUACCUUUGGACUCACCCGUACUUCCACUUGCCAAGGAUGUUGCACGGCACCAUCCUGUUAACUACGUGACCAUCGACAAUGAGGACGAUUGGUCCACUAUCACUCUCAUAGGGGAGAGAGCCGGCUUUGCGCAGGUCAGAAUCUCCGAAGAGAGUUCUCGCAUAGUUACGGUUGGUGGGAAAGGUAGUUUGCGGUUAUGGGACUCAAAGACAGGCGCUCAUGUUGGGACCCCAGUACUGGAGCCUCGUAAACCUGAUUGGUCAGGCACACAUCUUGGCGUUUCACAUGCAUUAUUCUCACCAGAUGGUGCUCAUCUAGCAUUCAUCUAUGCCGAGCGGAUGGGCGGGACAUGCAGCCUUCAUCUAUGGGAAUCACAAACCGGUGACCCACUUUGGGAUCUCGAAAUCAAAACCGACUUUCAGCCGGAAUCAUAUGCGCUCAAAGUUCAGUUUCUCCCCUAUAAAAGUCAACUUGCGGCGGUAUUGCCAUAUGAGACCGAGAGCCUUACUUUGAUCGUCUUUGUUGAUUUUCUCACUGGGAAGAAGCUUGAAUAUAGAAUGUAUGCAACAUUAAUUGCGGACAAUGUCGCUGUAUCUCCAGACGGGCGCAAGGGUCUAUUCGUUGGACAUCGAUUGACUAACCACAAGACCACUUUUCUCGAACUCUUUGACAUGGACGGGCUCAAGAAAAUCACAGAAUUGGAGGUCAAGUUGGCCUGUGACGCCACGCUGGUCCAUUUCUCAUCCGACGGCUCCAUAGUUGCAUUGUCAUCGAAAGAGACCACUAGUAGAGAAGGUGGCACAUAUCCCUGUCUCCUAUUGGAUUGUGAAACGGGCGACCCCAUCCAACUCACCAGAGGCGAUAAUCCGCCUUGCCAUACUGUACGGUUCGCACCCGAGGGAUCCUUGUUUGCCUCCUUGGUCUUGACGCGCUCGGAAAUUAUUGUAUGGGAUCUCAGAGAAGGAAAAAAGCUACGAACAAUUACUGGCCAUGGAAAGCGCAUGAAAGAUGCUUGGUUCUCUAGGGACUCCCGUCGAAUCGCAGGUCUCUCUGAUGAGCAUGAGAUCAAAGUUUGGGACAUAUCUACAGGCGAAGAAAAGGCCACUUUCUUCCAGGGGUAUAUUCCAGCCCAUCGCAGCAUAACUUUAUCGCCAGAUUGGCGAACAUUGCUCUAUUUAUAUGGAUAUGGUGAAGUGCGGGUCUACGACGUCACCUCUGGUGCUCGAGGAGUGUCAACACCUCGCAUCAAGUCGACAUUCUCUGGCCGAGGGACCUUUGCUCCAGAUGAUAAUGUCUUCAUUGCUCUGUAUCAGACUGACCAAGAGCAUUGGCUAACUCUGUGGGACACAAACAGCGGUUCAGCGAGGAAUAUGGCCAGACUCGGCCCAUGUAGAGAGGAUUUGGUGGACAUGAGCGUAUCCCCAGACAACACAGAACUCGUGUGCUACUUCUAUAAGGGACCGACUACGUUUUAUAGUCUCAAGACAUAUCAACAGCUUUCCAAAGUACUAGAAAAGGAGCAUUUCCCGAGUCGCUCCUGUGGGAUUUUCUUCUCGCAAUGCGGGGAAUUUCUUGGAUUGACGCGCGGUGAUUGUAUCCAAAUAUGGGAAUAUCGUACAGGGAAGCUUGUCUGGGAGUCCAAUUGCGGCAGCUGGUUUGUAGUCUCUUUGUCACCAGACGCUACACAUAUAUUUGGUCGACAUUCGCACGGACAAUUCGAGAGGCUAUAUAUUUGCAGGUUAAGAGAUAGCCACGAGAUGACUAUUCAGGAGCAGAUAACCCCGCUUGCGACAGCCUUCAUCCCCCAGUCAGACUUAGUUGUGGCUAUUAAUAUGUCGGAAAUCGAGGUAUGGCAACUCCGCCCUUCCGAGAUCAUUCACCUAUAUACUGUCCGCCAUCAGAGUAUUCCAUCCUCUGGAAGAAGAUGGAGGUUGGGCUUCUCUCUCGAUAAGAGAUUCAUGGUUUACGGUUCCUUGAUCUGGACAGUAGAAGAGUCUACCCUCAAACCUUACGUGGGAGAUACUGUCCCUCUCUCUCUCUCCAACUACCCGCAUUCAUUCCUCACCUACCAAUCGGGCUGGAUCUGCUCUGCUUUCCCGCGUGGAAAGGUCCUACCCGUUCCCUAUAAUUUACAGCCAUACCUCUCCUUGAUGAAUCACUGGACCUUCAUCCAAUAG